AUGACUGCCGUCUCCGCGCCCGUAGACUCACUUGCAAAGAGUUCCGCUAAGAGAACAAGAGAGCUCUUUGGAUCUGAUUACACCACACCAGCGCCAUAUUUUGCCGAACGGCCCCAGGAGAAUCCUUUCCAACUCGCAGAACGAGCUGGCCUAGCUUCACGGAUACGAAGCGAAUAUGAAGAUGUUCGAGAGCUUCCUCCAGCUCUUGCGACGAAACAGAAGACUGCUGCUGCGGGAGCACGGCGCAAAAAAGUCAAGCAAGAAGGAUCUGAUUCCCAAACGGCCAAGAUGAUUGAGGGAAUGCCUCUCAAAUCCGAAGCGAACGGAGGGUCAUCUACAGCUUUGACAUUGCGUGCUCCUGGGUCUGGGGCUACUCCGAAUAUCAAUGGAACUACCACGGGGCGCUCUUCAUCGAGCUUGAUACGGAGGGAGAACAUACAGCAACCGAAGCCCGACUGGCAUGCGCCAUGGGAACUUAUGCGCGUCAUAUCAGGUCAUCUGGGCUGGGUACGGGCUCUGGCUGUCGAGCCGAACAAUCAGUGGUUCGCGAGUGGAGCUGGGGAUCGAACGAUCAAGAUCUGGGACCUGGCGUCUGGGUCGCUGAGGUUGACACUCACGGGGCAUAUAUCGACUGUACGAGGACUGGCAGUUUCACCUAGACAUCCGUACCUGUUUUCAUGUGGGGAGGACAAGAUGGUCAAAUGCUGGGAUCUAGAGACGAAUAAGGUCAUACGGCAUUACCACGGGCACCUGAGCGGCGUCUACACCUUAGCACUACAUCCUACCCUGGACGUGCUAGUCACAGGAGGUCGAGAUGGUGUUGCAAGAGUCUGGGAUAUGAGGACAAGAAGCAACGUCCACGUACUCAGCGGCCAUAGGCAGACAGUCUCGGAUCUCAAAUGCGAAGCAGCUGAGCCUCAAGUCAUCACUUCAUCGCUCGACACGACUGUUCGACUCUGGGACUUGACAGCUGGAAAGACUAUGGGCGUUUUGACCCACCACAAAAAAGGCGUCCGAGCUCUUGCUCUCCACCCCACAGAAUGGACCUUCGCUAGUGGCAGCGCGGGCAGCAUCAAGCAGUGGAAAUGCCCCGAAGGCGCGUUCAUGCAGAAUUUCGACGGACAGAACGCUAUCAUCAACACUUUGAGCGUGAACGAAGACAAUGUGCUCUUCUCUGGCGGUGACAAUGGAUCAAUCUCGUUCUGGGACUGGAAGACGGGCCAUCGCUAUCAGUCGUUGGAUACUACCGCGCAGCCGGGAUCCUUGGAUGCGGAGUCUGGCAUCUUCGCUUCGACGUUUGACAAGACGGGUUUGCGGCUGAUAUGCGGAGAGGCAGAUAAGACGAUCAAGGUCUGGAGGCAGAAUGCUGAUGCGACACCUGAGACGCACCCGCUUGAGUGGAAGCCGACCCUUGGCCGUCAAAAGUUCUAG